AGGCGCGACGGCAGGCGUUUGUGCAAGCCGCGCUGCGCCGCUGCCUGGCGCGCCUGGGCGCUGCGGACCCGGCUGCAGGCGGCCCCGGCGCAGGCGCGGCCGACGCAGUGCAGGAAGACGAGCAGGCGGCUGUGCGGCGGUGCGUUGACGGGCUGCUUGCGUCUGCCACCAGCGUGGACAAUCUGUCGCGGAUGUUUGAGGGCUGGCAGGCGUGGCUCUAG